GCUCAGUCGGGCGCCGGCCUCGUGCAGCGCCGGUCGCCACGGAUGGCUCGCGACAGGUAACGCGGCAUGCGGCCCGCGCUCGCCGCGAUCGCGGCCUGCUGCGUGGCGGCACGCGCCGAGCCCCCCUCGCGCCUCGCACCCCUCAACACCACCCCCCAGCACGUUCUCCAGUGCUCCGAUGGCCUCGUGCUGCCCGCCUGGAGGCCUCUCGAAGAUGUCCCCACUUACCAAAUCGCGAUACGCGGCUUCGUCUACUUUCUUGCGCUCAUGUACCUCUUCAUUGGGGUGUCUAUUGUCUCUGAUCGGUUUAUGGCCGCCAUAGAAGUUAUCACGUCCAGAGAAAAAGAGGUGCGCGUGCGGCGCAACGGCAGUGAACAGAUCAUAGUUGUUCGAGUCUGGAAUGAGACCGUUGCCAAUUUGACGUUGAUGGCUCUCGGAUCGAGUGCACCUGAGAUACUCUUAUCAGUAAUCGAGAUAGCCGGAAAGAAUUUCGAAGCCGGAGAUUUGGGCCCCGGCACCAUCGUGGGUUCUGCUGCCUAUAAUCUUUUUGUCAUAAUCGCCAUCUGCGUUGUGGUGAUCCCGGAUGGAGAAGUGCGCAAGAUAAAACAUCUUCGAGUAUUCUUAGUGACCGCGACUUGGUCGAUAUUCGCCUAUGUAUGGCUAUAUAUGAUUUUGGCGGUUAUAUCACCAAGUGAAGUCGAAGUAUGGGAGGGUGCGGUCACUUUCUUGUUCUUCCCGGCGACUGUCAUGACAGCUUAUAUUGCUGAUCGUCGCCUGCUCGUCUAUAAAUAUCUCAAGAAAGGCUACAGAGUGAACGAGAGAGGCGUCAUAGUUGAAGCCGAGGGUGACGGUUCUCUAGAGAUGGCGCUGAAGCCUGGCGGAGACGAUUUUAUGUCUGAUGACGACGAAGGCCGAGAACUAGAGAAGUCACGGAAAGAAUACGUAUCAGUUCUCCGCGAACUGAGAAGACAGCAUCCAGACGAAGAUUUAGAAACCGUUGAGAGAAUGGCUUUGGAAACGUUAAUGGCAAGUGGUCCUAAAUCACGAGCGUUCUACAGAGUUGCGGCGACUCGUAAAAUGACCGGUGGCGGUGAUUUUUCGCGGAAAAUCUCCGAGAGGGCCCAGAGCGAUUUGAGCGAGGUAAAAGCGGAGUUACAGAGACGAGAUUCUGGUUCGGCGUCAAUUGAGCCGCGCGGUCCAAACGUUCGUUUCGAUCCUGACCACUACACCGUCAUGGAGAACUGCGGCUCGUUCGAAGUUCGAGUUGUAAGGGCUGGAGAUCUUAACGGUGACGUCACUGUUCAGUACACCACCGAAGAUGGGACCGCUGAAGCUGGCUCAGAUUAUGUGACCGCUCAAGGAUUAUUGCAUUUCAAACACGGAGAAACGGAGAAGACGUUUAGAGUUCAAGUCAUUGAUGAUGAUGUUUUUGAGGAAGAUGAGCAUUUUUACGUUCGUCUGUCAUCGCCAAAGGGCGCUUCCUUGGCUUCUCCGUCUACCGCUACUGUAGUGAUACUCGACGAUGACCACUCCGGCGUAUUUUCGUUCCCUCAACGCGAUUUCGAGCUGACAGAGUCCGUUGGGACAUAUGAUCUGAAGGUGGUGAGGACAGCUGGCGCCCGCGGGAAGGUCAGGAUUCCUUACUGGACCGAGGACGGCACAGCUAAGGGAGGCGCUCAGUACGAGAUUGCACAAGGCCACAUCUUCUUCGAAAACAACGAGACCGAAAAAUACAUUCCGCUGCAUAUAAUAGAAGAGGACAGCUACGAGAAAGAUGUUCUAUUUUACGUGAACCUCGGAAACCCUGAGUUACUUGGAGAUAACGAUGAUUCGAAUACUGGUACCGAAGCCAACCAUCUCGCAACGCUGCCGGAAGAGGAAGCAGUAGUCGCCAUGAUGGGACUCCCUAAAGCCGGGGAAAUCACACGAGCGCAGCUUAGGAUCAAGGAGAGCAAAGAGUUUAAGAACACAGUAGACAAAUUGGUGCAAAGAGCGAACGCGUCUAUAAUCAUAGGAACGUCUUCAUGGAAGGAGCAAUUCGCGGAAGCCUUAACCGCCAAUUCAGGUUCAGACGACCCAGACGAGCCUCCUUCGUGCUUUGACUACGUUCUCCACGUGGUCACUUUGUUCUGGAAAAUCAUAUUCGCUUUGAUACCACCGACAGACAUCGGCGGUGGCUACGUCUGCUUUGUGGUUUCGAUAAUUUGCAUCGGCCUGGUGACGGCUGUGAUUGGAGAUGUCGCGUCACACUUCGGCUGUACUCUUGGCAUCAAGGAUUCUGUCACAGCCAUCGUAUUUGUGGCUUUGGGCACGAGUAUUCCUGACACGUUUGCGAGUAAAGUGGCCGCUAUCCAAGAUAAGCACGCGGAUGCUUCUGUUGGCAACGUGACCGGCUCUAAUGCUGUGAACGUAUUCCUUGGUAUCGGCGUCGCGUGGACGGUGGCCGCCAUCUUCCACUGGAGUAAGAACGAGAAGUUCCACGUGGACCCUGGGAACCUAGCCUUCAGCGUCACGAUGUUCUGCUCGGAAGCCGCUCUAGCUGUCCUUGUCCUGGUGCUGAGAAGACGUCGAAGUAUUGGCGGGGAGCUCGGCGGACCACGCGGCAUCAAGAUCGUAACUUCCAUGUUCUUCUUUUCCCUGUGGCUAAUCUAUCUAAUCAUGUCUGGCUUGGAAGCCUAUGACGUCAUAGAAGGUUUUUGAAAAUUUGGCUCCGACUAAAUCGAUAUGUUUGGAUUGUCGCGAAGACACGUUGCUUGGGGGAUAUGAACUGGUCUCCCAAAAUGUUCUAGCGUCGUAUGAGCCAAGUAUCGAAAUGUUUAAAAAAAUAUAUUCCUACUAAAAAUAUCCUUCUAAACUAUUUAUUCCUAUAGCAUGCUGUUUCGAAAUUUCUUUAGUAAUAUUAAGAAUGUGCUUGCAUAUCCGAUUUUUAUUUUGCGGCUGUUGAUUCAUAAUUAACUAAAUUAUUUGUCUCUCGUGAAUUCUGCCAGCCCUAUGUUCAGCAGUACACAACAUAGGGUUGACACGUCGUCGAUAAUAACUAAGUAAAAAUCAGCUUUACGCAGUCGCAAUUUAUAAAUCGCAAAUGCGAACACCCUAUUAAUAUUGGUAGCCUUCAAGGCUGUGGUAUUUUAGGCGUAUAUGUAGAUUUAAAUGUGUUAGUAUUUGUAAAUGAAUAUUAAAUAUAUUUGUGAUGACGUAAAUGCUAUUUGUAAGCGACAGCUACACUUGUUUUGAAUCGAAAAUAAACAACGUCCUUAUUCGUGUGGUCAAUUAAAGAAGCAUUCUUCAUUAAUACUAAUUUGAUUUAAUAUUCAAUUUGAAUGCGUACAAAACGAUGAUUAUUUUACUUGUGGUAGGGGGUGUAUUAUGAAUCCUCGAUAUUUCAGCCGCGAAGUCGGUCCGACUUGAAGAGUGGGAGGUCCGUUGUACUACUAUUUAUUAUACAUAACAAAAUCUUCAACCUCACGUCUUAAGUAAAAGUGGGUUGAUAUCGUGCGGAGUUUAUUCACAUCACAUAAUAUACCUAGUAUUGGAACAUCACAAUUCAUUCAAUGAAUAAAAUGGUUUCAGAUUUGAAGCGAAUAAUAUUUUUUGUAUUAAUUAAUUGCAACUAAACUGAAUUAUUUUGAAAGUUACGACGAGCUCACGGUAAGUUUGGUUAUAAGCGAACCAGAAUCCAUCUUAUGGGGUUUGAGACACGCGUUGCGACACCAAUUUGAAGUUUCCUUGCAUAAAUAGCUAUCGUACUCUUCAAAAUGUAACGUGACAUUUCUUGGCAGAAAUUUACAGAACAAUACUUACUUUACCAUCAAUUCAAACUCAAAUACAAUAGUGGUACUUAUUAAAUAAAUCCGGUGUACAGAGUGUAGCCGUGACGCGAAACUAUCUCACGAAUGUUCUAAUUUUUACUGGUGGUAGGACCUCUUGUGAGUCCGCGCGGAUAGGUACCAUCACCCUGGCUGUUUCUGCCGUGUAGCAGUAAUGCGUUUCGGUUUGAAGAGUGGGGCAGCCGUUGUAACUAUACUGAGAUCUUAGAACUUAUAUCUCAAGGUGGGUGGCGCAUUUGCGUUGUAGAUGUCUAUGGGCUCCAGUAACCACUUAACACUAGGUGAGCUGUGAGCUCGCCCACCCAUCUAAGCAAUAAACAAAAAAUAUUACCCACGAACCUGAGGAUAAUUUUAGUUUAAAAAGUUUUCGCACGACCGUUUCUCGACUGGAAAAACAGUCAUUGGCUUUAUCAAUCUCAUCAUCAGAGCCGAAUAUCUACUUUGCUUUACAUUAAUUAUUUACGUUACAUUACUUGUUAUUUGAACAAUGUAUUUAAGUGCGGUAAAAAAAAGACAGUCUACAGAUGAAGAAUCAGAAACAGUCGGACUACACUAGAAUUUAUCUGAAGCACUUUUAACAUUUGAUGAAGCACUUUUAACCGUAUGUUCCGUGGGGAGUGCUCUGAGGAAUUGUUUGAGAUGAUCCCCUCAUCUCCUUUUUAUCAUCGCACCUCCCGCCGUCGGAGCAGAGUUCAUCCAUAUUAUCCGGAACCGCUGCGUUCAUCGUCAGUGCGUUUCCAGAGGUCUUUUUUGCCACGUACCAUUCGGCCACGGAAUAAGCUCCCCUCCACGGUGUUUCCCGAGCGCUAUGACAUGUCCUUCUUCAAACGAGGCUUGUGGAGAGUAUUAAGCGGUAGGUAGCGGCUUAGCUCAGCCCCUGGCAUUGCUGAAGUGCGACGGUAACCACUCACCAUCAGGUAGCCUUAUGAUCGUCUGCCAACAAGGGCAAUAAAAAAAAGUUGUGUAUCGGUAUAGAAGGUUGCCCAUGCGAUGGACCCACCAAGUCAAGUCGGCAGUUAGCGGCUGUUUGCAUGAGUGUACCGGCUUAUCACAAACCAGAAGAAGUGGAGAUGGUUCGUGAGGCGCAUAACAUCUGCCCACAGCAAUGAUACUCUAUGACGAGCGCGACCGCUCUGACAAGAGUGAUACGACAAUGAGAGUGUAUCCGUCGCGCGAAAUUAUCUCAUGAAUGUUCUAAUUACGUAAGAACCUGGGUAUAAUUUUAGUUUAAAUAGUCUUUGCACGUUUUAUCAAUUUCAUCUUCAGAGCCGAAUGAAUACGUUACAUUAUUCUGUACUGUACAUUACUUCUUCACUGUACAUUACUUCUUUACUUUACAUUACUAUUUUAAUUUACAUUACAUACUUUAACAAUACGUUUAAGUACAGUCAAAAACAACAUUGUCUAGAGAUGAUGAAUCAGAAACAGUCGAUUUGCCUGAAGCGUAAUAAAAUAAAUCGACUCGUGUAAUAAAAAUGAAACCUGCAUAAUUAUAAUUUGCGUAAUUACUGGUGGUAGGACCUCUUGUGAGUCCGCGCGGAUAGGUACCACCACUCUGCCUAUUUCUGCCGUGAAGCAGUAAUGCGUUUCGGUUUGAAGGACGGGGCAGUCGUUGCAACUAUAUUCGAGACCUUGGAACUUGUAUCUCAGGGUGGGUGGCGCAUUUACGUUGUGGAUGUCUAUGGGCUCCAGUAACAACUUAGCACCAGGUGGACUGUGAGCUCGUCCACCCAUCUAAGCAAUAGAAAAAAAAAGAACUUUUAACAUUUGAAACAAGAAAGUGUGUAUCGUGUAGUCGGUGUUAAUUAAUCAUUUUUUUCUUCUCGACCCGUUCUUCGUUCGCUCCAUUACCGGAAGCCGUUGAGAAAGAUCCGUUCGUAGUAUUAUAAUUAAGUCGCGUCGCUUCGUUUGUUUUAAUUAAGACCUUCAGUUCAUUAGAGGCGACGAAAUGCGUUUGUGGCGAAAGGAUUUUUUUGUCAUGUCACGUUCGAAAUUAGCCAGAUAUAUGCCUGACCACGUGUCGCUAGUUGGGCGAUGAUAUUCAUUUGAAAACACUGUUAUUUGAUGGGUUUUUACCACAUUUAAUGUAUUGCAAGCGCCAUCAUCAAUAGAUAAACUUAUUUACUUUCUUAUUGGUCCGUCUUUGAGUGUUACUAAAUUCAAUGAUUCGCCUUGAAAAUAUACAGUUAGGGUAUGACAACCCGUUAAGUUUAACAAUGUGUAUAAUUGAAAUAUAAGCGAAAGCUUAAAAUAGUUCGAUGAUGUUUGUGUUGAAGUCUAUGGGCCCUAUGAACUCGUCUAGGUCAUAUCACACAGUAAGGAUGUCGGUUACAUCAUAUUCGGUGAGUAGGUCCGGAUUUUGGGAUAGUCAUGAAAACCUUUUUUUUUAUUGCCCUUGUAGGCAGACGAGCAUACGGACCACAAAAUGGUAAGUGGUUACCAUCGCUCAUGGACGUCAGCAAUGCCAGGGGCAGAGCCAAGCCGCUGCUCCGCUUAAUACACUCCACAAGCUUCGUCUGAAGAAGGACAUGUCAUAGCGCUCGGAAAACACGUGGAGGGGAGCUCAUUCACGGAUGGUAUAAUUAUAAAGCUAAGUAUAGACUUACCGGAUUAGAAUAAUAGGGGUACGCAGUUUUCAUGAGUAUUCGUUGAAAUUCUUUGGCUUUGGUAUCGGCAUGGCUUACACAAUCAAAUAUGCUACAGGAAAUAGAGUAGGAUUCAAUAUAUAAAAUACAUAAAAGUAUUUUUAAAUUCUAAUGUCUUGUCUAUAAUUUUAUUAUUCUGUAAUCAUAUUCUGUAUUUUGAAGAUUCAGCCAAAAAAGAUACCUAUUUAGUCUUAGUUUGUUUGAACAUACUGGACUGAUUCCGUUGAUACUGUAUAUUUUCGAUUACAUAUUAUGUUGUUUGAGAAAUUGUGUCCAUUAGUAAUAAAAUCAAAUUUAUAUCAACAAGAAUGAUUCUAAGAAUAAAAAGUGUACUCCCAUUUCAAGUCAAAACACUCUUGUUAUUUAUUUUAAAUUAUAUGCAGGUGGAAUCAUGUCUAUAAAUUUAGAUUGUUUAUAUUAGAUUGUCAAUGAACUUGCCGAGUUCAGAAGUAGUUCAAUUUACGAAAUAGAGGUGGCAAUUUUGUUUUAAAAAAAUGUACAACGAAAUAUUUUGUUAUUAUUCUAUAUUUAAACAAAUUCUUUUCUAAAUUUUAUAUGUUAAAAUAUAGCUUUUUGUUGUCUACGAAAGCGAUCGUGGCACUGUUCAGAAUGGCGCCUUUAAAAUUAAUAAAAACAUAGAAAUCAACAUCAUAUUAACAGGGGUAUAAAUGCAACGAAUGUAACAUUCAAUAAAACACCAAAAUGUUUUUUAUUAUUAUUAAAUAUACUAUAUUCAUUAAAAUAGAGAUGCAAUUAUGUUAAAUUCAUAAACAAUAAAUAAAAUAGUUAUUUUAUGUUGAUAGUUAGUUACAUAUAAUUUGUAAAUAAAUUCUAAUUCUGAAAAAGGGCUAUAAUACUCUACACUCUCAUUCUAAUGCAAUUCGCUAAGCUGCUUUUAGACCAAUAAAAAAUGACCCAUAUUUGGUUUAACUAUUUUAAUUUAAAAAAAAGAUAACAUAUUUCAUUCCAUUGCUGGUUCGUGGUCACAUAACUAUUGUGGUGAAACGAAAUAUUCACGAGACUUUCCCUACAGCACGUCAGUAUUGUCUGUAUUAUUGUAAUAAUAGGACGUGUCCACAGAACACUAUUACCUGUUUAAUUAACAAUAUUCGUUUACCAUAUUUGGACGGCUACACAAACAUAUACCAUAUACAGCACUGUUUUUUUCUUUCUUUUUCUUUCUGUGGACACGUCCUUUUAUUAGAAUAAUACAGACAAUACUGACGUUCUGUAGGCACAAGACUCUUAAUAACUUUAUGGGAGUCAGUAUCACGGUUAUAAAUUUUAUAACAAUUUAACUGGUCUUAACUAGGAAUUACCUUUAUUCCCUGCCUAUUCGCUGGUAGCCUAAGAGGCUAUUCUGGGUUCUCGCGGAUGGGUACGUGAGCUCACGAGCUCAACCUUCGAGGUUUUGCUAACACUAACCCUAGCAAGAGUAAUGCUUCGCAGAAUCUACCACCGGGCCACAGUUGCGACCCACUGAGAAGUUCCGGCGAGAGUCUCAAUGGGGAGGAACUACAGUUCUAUCUAUAUCUAACACAAUGCAGUCAUGCAUUAUAGAAUACAUUUCAGACUCCGGCCUCAUGUUGAGACAUGUGGCUAGAUCCAGCUUUGACUACUCUACACCCGGGUGGGGGAUGCCUUCGUUGAUCCAUCUAAUCAGUAACAAAAAAGUGUCUGUUCAGAAUAUCAAUUCCUUCCCUAAGCAUAAUUUACAAGAAGAGCUAAACACUUCACGUACCGUAUAAGAAAUGGUAUAAAUAUUUGCCUUCACAAGAAAACGAUACCGUUUCUUCUUUUUCUUAUCAGCCCACAGACGUCCACUGCUGGACAUGGGCCUCACCCAAGCCUCGCCACAAAGACCGGUCCCGCGCUGCCCGCAUCGAUAAUAAUUAUAAUAAUAAUACAACAAUACCAUUUAUAAUCACACAAUAUUUUUUUCACGAUUUCAAAAUGAACGUGUCGAAUAAAACAAAAGGGGAGAAUGAAAUUUGAACGUGUAUUAUUACGUCUUAAUAUGUGAGCGUUUUAGUGAAUACUAGUGCUUAAUUUUUAUGUUGUUAUAAAGAACGAUAAUUGUUCAUUCCUAGAUCCCUACGUAUCUUUAUCUAGAAUGUUUGCAUAUAUGAUAAUUAACUUCAGCCUAUUUCGGACCAAAUAUUUUGUUCGAAUUUAUUUUGUGUAGUUUUUUUAAAGCCUUUAAAAUCUCUUAAUAGUUUUUAUAGUAAAUAUCUAUUUAAAUCUGAAUAUAAAUAUAAUUAAAUAAAAAAAUAGGACAAAAGUAGAAGAGGCAAAGUAAAAAGGAAGAACAAAAUGAGGGAAAGAAUUGGAGAAAUUAUUGUCCCAAUGAAUACACUGAAGUGGAUUGAUAAAUCUUAUCACGUACCCUUGUGACUAAAACAUUUUGUAACAAUGCAUUUUCAACUUAUCUGCCGAUAAAAGAUUGCUUCAUCUUUGCAAUUCUCUAUUAAAUCUCGAAAGAUAUGAAAUUGUAAGAUAUGUUUAAAAUUUAAUAAGGACGUGAAUGAAUCCUAUCCUACAUAUUUCUAAGCUUCAUAGUCCAAUCUAGUUGUAUUUAUAUAAUAUAAAUUACUUAAACUUAUCUAUGUUUGUAGAAAUUAUAAUUGGUAAAAAUGCGAUUUAAAUUUGAUUACUUCUAGAUAUUUUUCAACCGAUCGCAUUGACAUCGUGUGUUUGUGUGUGUGUGAUAUCGUUUUAAACUAUCAAUAGUAAUGAAUAAUUGUAUAUUUAAAAUGCAAAUUAUUAUUAAAUUAACUAUCAAUUCAAUUAAGAAAUCUAGGAUCUUCUGGUUGUACUCUAUAUUUAUUAAAAAUCUGUGUAAUUUUUACAAAUGAUAAUUUCUGUAUAAAAAAUAAUAUAUUUCCUAGCUAUGUGUCGUACGUGUUAGCUCUUCAUGUUUAUAAUUACAUUAGUUAUGUAACUAACUAGUCGUAAUGUAUUUAUAUAAGUUAAUUUCUUUUAAACGGUUCCUUCCUUAAAAAAACGAAUAUAAAAAUAUUAUUUUAUUAGAGAAUUCAAAUCUGAACUUUUGCUAGUAGCUUUACCCUAAUAAAACAAUGUCAUACUUCUAGAAACAUAAUUAUAAAAGCUAUACGGAUAAUUUUCUGAAACUUUUUAUUAAUUGUAAGCUGUAUUUAAUUUUAUCAAGCUUUAAAUUAAAUAAAAUCAUUAUUUUAUCUACGUAAAAAGCUUGACGACUUAAAUUCCUCCUUUAUAUUUUAAUUAUUUUAUCAGUCAUUUUGCGGAUCACCAUAAUUUAUAUACUGAAAGAAUAUUGUUAUUGAUGAUAAUAUGAGAGACAGAAGGGAAUGGAAGGGAAAGCUUUUAAAGCCGAAACAAACUUAUUAUUUUUUGCUUUUCUUCUAUCCGCAAUGAAUUUAUAAUAACAUAUAAGACAGAUAAAAUUUCUGAAUCGCUAAUAAUCUAAAAAGCUGACACCAUUCGCCACUGGUUCGUAUUGUUCUCGCAUAUCAGCUGAUGUAAUUUGAUGUACAUUGCGUUCUUGUAACAAAAACAAUUGACGUAUCUUAAUUUUUCGAUUCUACGCUAUUUUUAUUGUUAUUUUUCAAAAUUUUUACCUAAAGCAGAAGACAUGUUCUUUAAUAGUAAUCAAUUAACAGUGGCGUGGUAUUUACAAAAAAAAGUCCUAAGUAACAGUAGCAUACUAAUUAUUAUUUUAGACUAGUGCUAAAUAAUGAUUUAGAAUGUUAUUCUUGUAAUUAAUUGUAUCUUGCCGAUCAUAAACUAUAAAAAUUUAUAUUUUAAAUUUAAAUUAAAUAAUUAUUUUAAAUAUAUAUUUCUUUUUUUAAAUGUGUCUUCGAUAAAAUAAUCUUGUUUUAGGCCUUUAUCUUGUAGACUCAUUCAUUUUCUAGCGAACACUACUUCUGAAGUACGAAAAAUAGAAUGUUUUAACAUUAAAUGUGAAUCUAUUUAGUUGUGUAAAGUAAUUUAUAAGCCGCACGCCGACCGAAUGUUGAAAUUAUGUUAUUUUGAUAAUUAUUAUUAUUAUUAUUGUCAUUGUUAAUAUAAAGUGUUUGUUAAAUACUUAAA